CAUUUAACGUUCAACGUCUAUCAAGCUAACACAAGAAAAUGGACUUGUUGACUAAAAAUGAGGUUGAGAAUAUAAUAAAGCAACUUGGCUAUAGAAAUGUGAUAAGUUGGUCAGUGACAGAAUUUUCUGAUAUGUUAAUAGGAUAUUUAGGAGAACACCUAACAUUAUUAAUAGACGUCUUAAUUGAUGACGUAACAACAAAAAAACUGAAAUGCUUUAUAAAAUGUAUGCCAAGAUUCGACGAGUGGAAAUCAAGGUAUAUAAAGGAAUUGACAUUUUUCCAAAAGGAGUACGUGAUGUUGAACGAUCUUUUUAAAAGAUUUGAACAAGGAACGGAUAAAUGGCGCCCUACUUGUUUACUCAUCAAAGAAGAUCUUUUUGUGUUUGAAGAUGUUACUGUCUUGGGAUAUAAAAUGCCAGAUAACCGUAAUACGCUUGCUCUCAAUGAAAUCAGGGCAUGUGUUAUAAAAUUAGCUAAGUUUCAUUCCCAGUCUUACAUCUUUGAAGAAAAAAGAAGCAAAGAAAUCAAUAGGACUUACAGGAUCUGGGAUGAAUACAGCGAAUACUUACGGGUGCCAGAGAGAGGUACUAGUUGGAGAAAUGCAGGAAGAAAUGGAGUGAUAGACUUCUUGAAGGCUUUUUCCAAACAUAAACACAAUGAGAUAUUCAUUAAUAAUAUAGAGUCAAUUGUAACAAAGUUAUAUGACGACGCAUUAGCGCUCAUGCAACCUAGUUCGAAGUAUAGAAAUACAGUUAUUCAUCGUGAUCUUUGGACCAACAACAUAUUUCUUAAGAAGGAAUGUGAUGGCAAUAUUCAUGCCAUGUUUGUUGACUUCCAAACAGUUAUUUAUUGUUCCCCAAUGCUGGAUUUAUCGUCACUCAUUUACUUCAAUACAGAUAGAGAUGUAAGGGAAAACAACACUGAUGAAUUAGUAGAUCUUUACUAUGAAAGUUUAUCUAAAGAAUUGUCAGCAUCAAGCAUUAAUGUAAAUGAAAUAAUAGACAGAAAGACUUUAAAGGAAUGUUACGAAGAAAGUGUUGUGUAUGGUUUAACUCAAGCGACAUUGAUGGUACCUAUUGUGUCAAUGACCGCAACCCGCAGGCAUGAAAUAUUCUGCCAACCCGACAAAUUAUAUAGAGUGAACGAAGUUUCUCGAAGUAAAGAGUUUAUAGAAACUGCAUUGAAAGAUGACCACUAUCGCUACCGUGUUACAGAUUUGUGUGAAGAGAUUGUUGAUCGUUACAUACUUCAUUCUAAAAAAUAAUUUAAUUAAUAAAAUGUUAUUAUAAAAUUCCGAAAUAAUAUUAAAAUUACUCUCUAACAAGCUGGAGUGUUUGUAGUAAACGCAUUAGAGUUUUAUUUUAGUCACUGUAAGUCAGUAGUAAAUUACAGCACGUCAGUACGACUAAGAAUAUUGGACUUCAGGUAGAUAGUACAAUAGCCAAAUAUUUUGAGAUUCUAUUGAGAUGCGAUUAUUAGGUACAUACGUAAACAUUAGCAGAAUUGACAUAUAAGUUACCACAAUAUGUAUUUCCGCAGUUUGUUCUCAACUGUACACUCAAUGUGUUAAAUUUUAAAAUCGAGUUGAGAAAUUUUGUAUGACUUGACUUACCGUUGACUGUAAAUUUUCUAAACAGCCAGAGGAAGGAAUUUUAAGUCGUUAGUCCAGGCUGCAGUUGCGCUUUUCCAAUCUAAAAUGUGAUCCACGUUUGCAAACCAGCCCUGCGAUUCUGUAAAAAUCCGAACCCGAAUUUGAAUUCACUCAGGCGUCUGAAUUCACUUCAAAAGCGGCAUUCGCUCAACCCUGAAUUUGGUAAUAAUGUUCCGUGGCAUAAUUGAAGUGAGUUUCAAAAUAACAUGGGAAUAGAAUAUCUGUGACUUGUUGUAAUAAUCAAUCAAUCUUGUUUUGUAUUUUUAUACAAAAAUGGAAUCAAUAGAUUUUCUACGUUAAAUCACGUGAAUUCGGUCACAUGAGUGAAUUCGAAUUUUUAUAGAAUCGCUCUGCAGCUGUUUCAGAAAGGUGACUUUACUUUUAGAAGUUGUAAACCAAACUUCGAACACAAUAAACAGGGUGUGUUUGAAAUAAUGGCUUGGUUCACAAAUGUUCUACAGAACAACCUGUUUCUUUAAUUUUUAGUACGAUUUCGCAGUCGUGUUAUUUAUGUUUUAAAUUGUAAAUUUAAAAGAUUGAAGUCGGUUCUAUUUUUUUGACAAAAAAGUAGUCCAUGUAUAGCGCGUAAUUUUCCAGACCCUUAUUUUGUAGUACUUUUUUAUCACUUUGCGAAGAUCAUUUAAUAUCAAUUCAUGAAAUCUUUUAAUUAAUGAAUUUAUAUUAUCUAUUCUUCCCUUGUUAUUUAAGUAUUUAUUUAUUUAGUGAUGUUUACUAUAUUAUUAGUUCAUUCAUGAUGUAGAUAAUGCUAACAAUUUGUAUACUCUUUUAAUAUAGGAAUGA